CCUGUCCAAGGAAAACUAGCCGUUAGGGGACUUAACCAUGAACUUUUGAGUAUCAUUUUCUCUGUGCUGCUGAUAACAACUGACCUUGUCUGCGACCUCGUCCUAGAUUCCCUCCUCCUCUCUUUCCAGUCGCCUGCAUUCUUUUACAUUACAUGCCUGCUUCCUUUCCUCCUCUACCUUUAUUUAUCUCAUCCUUCCCAGUCCUUCAAUAAAAUUUCUGUACUCUGUUUUUCCAGUGAUCCAAAAAAGCAGCAGCCCAGAAAAAGUGGAGAGAUAUAGACAAAACAUAAAAAAGGGCCGAGCGAGCAAAAUCACGGCCAUUUCGUUUCUUCCUUAGCCCUUCACUUACCUCAACCUGCUCCAAAAGUAGUUGAUGGAUACUUGUGUUGUUGGAUGUCCAAAUGAUACGCGCAGUUAUUCAUCUCGGCUUAUACCAAAGUCUGCUUGGUGCAGGGCUGAGGAUGGUAAGAGAGAAAAAUGGAAGAAGCCACCACAUUGGCGCUGGCAUCACACAAGCAUGCUCUUUCCGUUUCUGCUUCUUCUUUUCGCCUUUCCACUUGUUUCAGGCAAGAAAUGGGAUGGGGUUAUUGUGACUCAAGCAGACUAUCAAGCCCUCAGGGCCUUGAAACAUGAAUUCGUGGACUUCAGAGGUGUCUUGAGCAGCUGGAAUGAUAGCGGUCCUGGAGCUUGUUCCGGUGGGUGGGUUGGAAUCAAGUGUGUCAAUGGGCAGGUCAUAGCCAUCCAACUUCCCUACAAGGGAUUGGGAGGCAGAAUCUCUGAAAAGAUUGGCCAGUUGCAAGCCCUUCGCAGGCUCAGCCUCCACGACAAUCUCCUUGUCGGCCCGGUCCCUACUUCCCUUGGCUUCCUUUAUGAUCUCAGAGGCGUUUAUCUCUUCAACAACAGGCUCUCCGGUUCAAUUCCUCCAUCCAUUGGUAACUGCCCUGUCCUUCAGACUCUUGAUCUUAGCAACAAUCAGCUCAUUGGAGCAAUUCCUUAUAACCUUGCAAACUCUACCAGAAUAUAUAGACUCAACUUGAGCUUUAACGCCAUUUCUGGUAGAAUUCCAAUGAGUCUCACUCACUUCCCUUCACUUACUUUUCUCGCUCUCCAGCACAACAACCUCUCCGGUUCCAUACCUGAUACUUGGGGUCUUUCAAUACGCCAAAAUAGCUCUUAUCAACUCCAAUCCUUGACCCUAGAUCAUAAUCUUCUUUUUGGAAACGUACCACCUUCCCUCAGCAAGUUGAGCAUCCUCCAGAAGCUUGAUUUGGGUCAUAAUCAGAUUUUUGGAACAAUUCCCAGCGAAUUAGGUAGUCUUUCAAGGCUUCAGGAGCUGGAUUUAUCCAGCAAUUCUCUUAACGGAAGCUUUCCUGAUAGCUUUUCCAACCUCUCAUCUCUAGUUUCCCUGAAUCUCAAGAACAAUUUCCUGGACAACCAAAUCCCGGCUACCCUGGACAGAUUACAAAAUCUCUCAGUACUGAACCUGAGUCAUAACCAAUUCAAAGGUCCUAUCCCACUCAGUAUUGGAAACAUCACCAGUCUAACUCUGCUUGAUUUGUCCGAGAACAAUUUCACUGGGGAGAUUCCAACAUCCCUUGCCGAUUUACCCAAACUCGCCUCCUUAGAUGUUUCAUACAAUAACCUUUCUGGGAUGGUUCCAUCAACCCUUUCCAAGAAGUUCAAUUCCAGCUCUUUUGUUGGAAAUCUCCAGCUAUGUGGAUACAGUUUCUCAACUAGAUGCUCUUCUCCUCCACCUCAAAAUUUACCGUCCCCAUCACAAGGCACUUCUAAGCAUCACCAUCGCAAACUUAGUACCAAAGACAUAAUCCUUAUUGCAGCUGGAGCCAUGCUGGUAGUUUUACUGCUUCUUUGCUGUGUACUACUAUGCUGCUUGAUCAGGAAAAAGGCAGCUUCCAAAGCAAAGAAUGGCAAAGCAAGUGUUCUGGCUCCAACUGGCAGGGGAACCAAGGCAGUUCCAACAGCAGGAACUGAACUUGAAUCAGGGGCUGAAGCUGGUGGAAAGCUGGUCCAUUUUGAUGGUCCUUUUGUAUUUACAGCCGAUGAUUUGUUAUGUGCAACAGCAGAAAUAAUGGGGAAGAGCACUUAUGGGACAGCUUAUAAGGCAACCUUGGAGGAUAGUAACCAAGUUGCUGUAAAGAGGCUAAGAGAGAAGAUAACAAAAGGGCAGAAAGACUUUGAAAUUGAGGUUGCUGAACUCGGAAAGAUUCGGCAUCCAAAUAUUUUAGCUCUCAGAGCCUAUUACUUGGGACCUAAAGGAGAGAAGCUUCUUGUCUAUGAUUAUAUGCUUAAUGGAAGUCUGGCAUCUUUUCUCCACGCUCGAGGGCCAGAAACCACAAUUGCGUGGCUAACAAGGAUGACCAUAAUCGUUGGCAUUACACGAGGCCUCUGCUUCUUGCACACAAAAGAAAACAUUGUACACGGGAAUUUGACAUCAAGCAACGUGCUGCUCGAUGAACAAAAGAUUCCCAAGAUUGCAGAUGUUGGCCUCUCCAGGCUCAUGACAAGCGCAGGAAACACCAAUGUUAUUGCCACUGCUGGCACACUUGGCUAUCGUGCUCCGGAGCUUUCAAAACUCAAGAAUGCCAACAGUAAGACCGACGUGUACAGCCUUGGCAUGAUCAUGUUGGAGCUCUUAACGGGGAAAUCUCCGAGUGAGGCAACAGAUGGGCUUGACUUGCCUCAGUGGGUGGCAUCAAUUGUGAAAGAGGAGUGGACUAAUGAAGUCUUUGACGUGGAGCUAAUGAGGGAUGCAUCCAACAUCGGGGAUGAGCUGCUCAACACAUUGAAGUUAGCUCUGCACUGCGUUGAUCCUUCACCAGGAGCAAGGCCCGAAUGUGAUCAAAUUCUCCAGAAACUGGAGGAGAUAAAGCCAGACCUUGUUGCCAAUCUCCCCACAAGUUCGGCUGAUGAUGGCACUGAACUUCCAGUGAAAAGUACUGAAUGAGCAAAAAUCAAGAAUAGUAUACAGGUUGGGAUAUAGAGAAUUUCCUCACUACUCCAUACAGAAAAAUAGAUGACACUAGAGCUCAAGUAAGCAUUUAUUUAUUCAUUUGUUGGCUGAGGUUAGCUGGUUUUUAAUAAGCAAAUGUGUAUAUACUAUUGUCAUGCCAUGGUUUACUGGCUAUAUUUUCUUUGUCUUCAAGGGUUUGUACCGUGCCCGUAUUCUUUUGAUUCAUUUUCUGUCAAAGGCUAAAGCAAUAAAAAAAUUACAGGGAUAUUGACCGUUGCUUUCACCUGCUUUAA